UUCAAAACUAGGCUAUAGCUCAUUAGAGUUCAUCAUCCAUGGCCUUCUCUGUGGAAAUCUCGUCUAUAUUCCCGUUCUCUCUAUCCGCAAAACCUAAGAAAGCUUCGCAGGAUACCCUAAACCCAUGCUUUACCAAACCCUGCCUUAGGCCCCAAGUUUCGAAAACCCUAAGUUUCUCCGUUUCAUGCAGAAGAAGCACACUUGCCCCUGUUUUCUCGUCGAUGAUAACAGCACAAGUGGCCAACGAAGACGACGGAGAGGACAAGCUUCACGAAGAAUGUGGAGUAGUCGGAAUCCACGGUGACCCUGAAGCUUCCCGUCUCUCUUACUUGGCUCUUCACGCGCUGCAACACCGUGGCCAAGAAGGAGCAGGAAUCGUAACCGUUAAUCACAAGGGUCUCGAAUCGAUAACAGGCGUCGGAUUAGUGUCGGAAGUGUUCACGGAGUCGAAACUAAACACUCUUCCUGGCGAUAUAGCGAUAGGACAUGUCCGGUACUCAACCUCCGGAGCCUCGAUGCUCAAGAAUGUUCAGCCUUUCAUCGCUACCUGCAAACUCGGAUCCUUGGCAGUAGCGCACAAUGGUAAUUUCUUGAAUUACAAGCAACUCAAGAGAAAGCUUGAGGAGAACGGUUCCAUCUUCAUCGCAAGUUCUGAUACCGAGCUGGUGCUUCACCUGAUCGCCAAAUCUAAGGCCAAGACGUUCCUUCUGAGGAUCAUCGACGCUUGCGAGAAGCUUCGAGGUGCUUUCUCGAUGGUUUUCGUCUUUGAAGACAAGCUUGUCGCCGUCCGAGACCCGUUCGGGUUCAGACCACUUGUGAUGGGCAGAAGAAGCAACGGUGCAGUUGUUUUCGCCUCAGAGACUUGCGCUUUGGACCUUAUCGAUGCGAGGUACGAACGUGAAGUGUGUCCGGGGGAAAUAGUGGUCGUCGAUAGAGGAGAUGUAGGGGAAAGCUCUAUGUUCAUGGUCUCUCACCCUGAACCGAAGCAAUGUGUGUUCGAGCACGGUUACUUCUCACAGCCCAACUCAAUUGUCUUUGGACGUUCAGUGUAUGAAACACGCCGCAUGUACGGUGAGAUAUUAGCCACGGUGGCACCUGUAGAAUGUGAUGUCGUCAUCGCAGUGCCGGACUCGGGGACAGUUGCUGCUCUUGGAUACGCAGCCAAAGCUGGAGUUCCGUUUCAGAUCGGUCUCCUGAGGUCGCACUAUGCUAAACGCACUUUCAUAGAGCCAACUCAGAAGAUCCGUGAUUUUGCAGUGAAGGCAAAGCUGUCUCCUGUCCGGUCAGUCCUUGAAGGGAAGAGGGUGGUUGUGGUGGAUGACUCUAUUGUCCGAGGAACCACGAGUUUGAAGAUAGUUCGGAUGCUAAGAGACGCUGGAGCCAAACAAGUUCACAUGAGAAUUGCAUUGCCGCCGAUGAUUGCGUCCUGUUACUACGGAGUGGACACUCCUAGGAGCCAAGAGCUGAUCUCUAGUAAGAUGAGCGUUGAGAAGAUAAGGAAGCAUAUUAACUGCGAUACUCUGGCGUUUCUACCAUUAGAUAGCUUGAAACAAGUCUAUGGACCAGUCGAGUCACGCAGCUAUUGCUACGCCUGCUUUACCGGCAAGUAUCCAGUGACCGAAACAGAGACUGAGGAGAACAAUGCCGAGAGAGAGAGAGAACUCAACGCUCUCUAA